GCUGCGGGCAGGGCUGACAGGCUGCGGGCCGGCCGGCUGGCCCGGGGGUGGCGCGGGGACAUCGCGGCGGCAGCGCGGCGGACGGACGCCGGGCGCCCGAGGCGCCGGGAUGUGGAGCGGCCAGCCCCACCCGGACGAGGGCCACCCGCCGCCCCCGGAAGCUGUCCCGGUCUCCUGGAAGAGUGUGGGCCCCUGCAAUAGCCUCAGGGAGCCCCCGGGGGGCCUGGCGGAGGCCUCUGCAGGGGAGGAGGCCCACGGUGAGGAGGACCCCGCGGCCGCCCAGCUGGACGUGUUGCGCCUGCGCAGCUCUUCCGUGGAGAUCCGCGAGAAGGGCUCGGAGUUCCUGAAGGAGGAGCUGCGCAAAGCCCAGAUGGAGCUGAAGCUGAAGGACGAGGAGUGUGAGCGGCUGUCCAAGGUGCGGGAGCAGCUGGAACAGGAGCUGGAGGAGCUGACGGCCAGCCUGUUCGAGGAAGCCCACAAGAUGGUGCGCGAGGCCAAUAUGAAGCAGGCGGCGUCGGAAAAGCAGCUGAAGGAGGCGCGGGGCAAGAUCGACAUGCUGCAGGCGGAGGUGACAGCCUUGAAGACGCUGGUCAUCACGUCCACACCAGCCUCUCCCAACCGCGAGCUCCACCCACAGCUCCUGAGCCCCACCAAGGCGGGGCCCCGCAAGGGCCACUUGCGUCAUAAGAGCACCAGCAGCGCCCUCUGCCCCGCCGUCUGCCCCGCUGCAGGACACGCCCUCCCCCCGGACAAGGAGGGCAGAGAGGUGGACACGAUCCUGUUUGCAGAGUUCCAGGCCUGGAGGGAGUCGCCCACCCUGGAUAAGAGCUGCCCCUUCCUGGAAAGGGUGUACCGGGAGGACGUGGGCCCCUGCCUGGACUUCACUAUGCAGGAGCUCUCAGCACUGGUUCGGGCCGCCGUGGAGGACAAUACACUCACCAUCGAGCCCGUGGCUUCGCAGACACUGCCCGCCGUGAAGGUGGCCGCAGUCGAGUGUGGCAGCACCAACGGGUUCCGGGCCCCGAUUGACACUACAUGUGCCCUGAGCGGGCUGGCUCGUGCCUGUCGCCACCGAAUCCGGCUGGGGGACUCAGAGAGCCACUACUACAUCUCGCCGUCCUCCCGGGCCAGGAUCACCGCAGUGUGCAACUUCUUCACCUACAUCCGCUACAUCCAGCAGGGCCUCGUGCGGCAGGAUGCGGAGCCGAUGUUCUGGGAGAUCAUGAGGCUGCGGAAGGAGAUGUCACUGGCGAAGCUCGGCUUCUUCCCCCAGGAGGCCUAGGGCAUGGCCCGGGCCUAGAGGGGGCUCUGAGCUGGACCCAACACCUGCCCCAGGGCAGACAGACAGACAGACAGCAAGGCAGGGUCCUGGAGCCAGCCGUGAGCCAGAAGCUGAACAGAGGGACAAAUGGCCAGGCCAUGGAGGCAGCACUAAGCCGGCACCAAAUGUCCAUCCCAGGACAGACAGGACCUCAUGAGGUGACCCUUCUCUGCCCCAGUGGUACUCCAGCCACCAGGAGACUUUCAAGAAAGCACCAAAGACCAAGGAGCUUGGAGCCGUACUCAGGGGCUCAGCCCUUGGGAGGGGACACCUGGGACAGCCAGCACCCCUCCCCGGUCCCAGGAGCUGCUGCCUGCAGGUGCCUUGUUGCUGCCUUGUCCUCAGAAGGGGACCAUCCUGCAUGGCUGGAUCUGCAGGGUAUCCACCACCCCAGUUCCCAAGCCCUGGGCCCCCAGCGCCCCCUUGUGGCCAUCCUUCACCCUGUUCCCAGGUGGCUUCCCAGUCGGACUGCCCCAAUGGGACUUCUGUCCCAGGUGCCCACAGGGCAACCGGGCUAGUGGGGGCUGGCAGGGCCCCAGGGCUGUCUUCCACUCCACCCUGUACCUGCUGGAGAACUGCCCCAAAGCGUUCUUGGGAUGGAUCAGGGCCCUCCUCCCGCCCUCCCUCCUGACCUUCCCCUCCCUGAUCUGAGCCCUGUGCUCCAGGGGCCCUGCUCCCCACCCCCCACCGCUGGAAGGAUUGGGACACUUUUCUAGAAAAGCCAAACACAGACAGGGCCUCAGGACGUCCCCAUGCCUGUUUUUAGGCCAUUCAGACAACGGGGGCUGAGGUGGCCGAGCCCGGUGCGCAGGACCGGGGUGGGGUGGGCAGGACCCGGGCCCCUCCUCACCCCUCACAGCCCACUCAGGACUCAGCCUGCACACAUCCCUCACCACCUCCGAUUUCCUCCUUUGAGUGGAAUGUAGCGCGAUCUCUAUUUAAUAAAGGAAGGCUUUGUCACUA